AUGACCCAACUGGCAAAGAUGACCUCAGGACAUAACCGAACCGACAGGAACAUUUUCCAUGACCAUACCUUGACAGGCAGAUACACAGUCUACGAUCUUGACCCAACAGGCAGGAAUGACCUCUGUGUCUUUUCCAUUCAGGGGAGUUCAGAAAACUUGAAAGAGAAUUUGGCAUUAAAAGGAACGGCUGUACAGUCAUCCACAUAUUACAGUUCUGGAGCAGCACAGGCCAUCGACGGCAUCAAAUACUCUCCUUCAGGAAAACCCUAUCCAGACGAAACCAAUACAUACUGCUCCAUCACAUCACACCAGCUCAGCCCGUGGUGGAGGCUGGACCUGCUGGAUUCUUACUACAUUUACAAAGUGACCAUCACCAACAGAGCCGAUGGCUUUUUGGAUCAAACGGCUGGAGUAGAGAUCCGCAUCGGAAACUCUCUGGAGAACAACGGCAACAACAAUCCCAGAUGUGGUGUCACUUCACUUGCCCCAGCAGGCAGUUCUGUCAGUUUCUCUUGUGGAGGAAUGGAAGGUCGUUAUGUGAACAUGUACAUUCCUAACAUCCAGCAGUAUCUCACACUGUGUGAGGUGGAGGUUUAUGGAACAGUCAAGAAGCAGGUGAUCCGAGUCCAGGUGAAAGCUGCUGAGAAUGUGGAUGAAGCUGAACUGAAGGCGCUCGUCUUAAACAAGUUAAAUCAGACGCUGAGCGAUCAGGACGUCACACUGACAUGGAGGACACAACCCAACGGGAAAGUCUUCCAGAAGAACAGGACUGUACUGAAACAAUCUCCUGUUUGUUCUUCUUUGAAGUGA